AAAAAUCGGGAUUUUCUCCCAAAGCUUCCAGAAUAUUCGCAGUUCUGGCCCUAAAUUGUGAUACAGAGUGCACAAGUCCCUUUCACGCUGUCCUUCUCGAGUAUUUAAUCGACUUGGGUGGACUUUUUGACCUCCACAGAGAAAGCCAGAGAGAAAUAAGACAUGAUUCUACAAUUCUGCGCCACGUUCUUCAUGGUGACGAUCCUCGCGGCGUCGGCAAUCCCAAAACCGGAGGAGAAGCGAGUUGUGGACUAUGAUCUGUCGGAUGCCCAGCACUUCCAGAAUGAGCAGCACAACACACAGUACGAUCACGAGGCGUUCCUGGGAAAGGAAGAGGCCAAAACGUUCGACCAGCUGCCGCCGGAGGAGAGCAGGCGACGCCUGGGGGUAAUUGUCGAGAAAAUUGAUUCCGACGGCGAUAAGCUGGUGGAUUUGGGUGAGCUGAAGAAUUGGAUUCAAUUCACGCAGAGGCGCUACAUUGAGGACGACGUGGAGCGCCAGUGGAAGCAGCACAAUCCAUCGGGCAAUGAGACCAUCCCGUGGGAGGCGUACCGGAAGGCCGUGUAUGGCUUCAUGGACGACAUGGAUCCGCGGGAUCUGGAUCGGGAGGAUGAGGGAUUCUCUUACAAAGCCAUGCUGACGCGCGACCGCCGGCGGUGGAGCUUCGCAGACAAGGACGGAGAUGACCAUCUGUCGCGGAAGGAGUUCACCGACUUCCUCCACCCCGAGGACAGCUCGCGGAUGCGCGACGUGGUCAUCACGGAGACGAUCGAGGACAUCGACAAGAACGCCGAUGGCAAGGUCUCCGUGGACGAGUACAUCGGCGACAUGUACAGGGCCAGUGAGGACGGCGAGGAGGAGCCCGAGUGGGUGAAGAACGAGCGCGACACGUUCGCCAAGUACCGCGACAAGGACGGCGACGGCUUCCUCAACAGCGAGGAAGUGCGCGACUGGAUCAUUCCCGCGGACUUUGACCACGCCGAGGCUGAGGCGCGCCACUUAAUCUACGAGGCCGACACGGACGCCGACGAGAAGCUGACCAAAGACGAGAUCCUGGACAAGUACGACCUCUUCGUCGGCUCACAGGCAACGGACUUUGGCGAGGCUCUCACACGCCACGAUGAAUUCUAAGCAGCCCCUCGAGAGCUCUCUCCUUUGUGAAUCUCGCGCCAUGCAAUCUUGAACAACUUAACACAAAAAUUCCCCUAAUGUUCUCGCGCGCAUCUUUGUAGUGCCAAAGCAAUUUUUGUUCAUCAUUAUUUUUAUGUGGAAAAUGUCUCACUCAUUCUCAUGCAUUUUUCAACUCGAUGUCUCGCAUUAUUUUUUGUACUAAUAAAAGAGAUUUGAGAAUAUA